AUGUCUACACAAAGUAUUGGUGAGAAAUUUUCAGCUCCUGUUCCACAAGCAUUAGGUGCUCGAGAAUUUAUGAUCGAACGACUGAUUCUCAGAGAUAAUACACGUGAAUUAUUACGUGAAAAUGGUCGAGAAGAAGAAAUGGAAAUCGAAUUACUUGCAUUGACUGAAUGUGGAUGUGGAAUGGAUGUUUACGAUCCAACUAAAUGUAAAUGUCGAGCACGUGAAGGAUAUUUUCUUCUUGCACAAUUUUAUUAUGACACAGAACAAUAUGAUAAAGCAUGGAAAUGGUAUUUAAAAAUUCGAAAUGCUGAUCUACGAGCACUUUAUCAACUCGGUACAAUGUGUUUCGAAGGAGUAGCACCAAAAGAAUAUACACCGGAAGAUGCCUACGAUAUGAUGGUUGAAAUCUCAACAAAAGGAAAAGAUCCACAUUGUUUUGUAGUUCCUUAUGCAGAAUUUCAUAUAGGUAAAGCUUAUUUUCAAGGUUAUGGUGUUGGACAUUCUGAAGAAAAAGCUGAACGUUGGUGGUUAUUAGCAGCAAGUGGUGAUGGACAUGAACCAGUUGUCGAAGCUCAAACAGCUCUUGCUUUUUUCUAUUCACGUAAAAGUGCAUUUGUUUAUAAUCUCAGUAAAGCAUGGCAUUGGCAUAAUCAAGCUGCACGACGUGGAUCACUUGAAAGUCUUGGAGCCGUGGGUGCGAUGAAUUUAUUUGGUGUUGGUACAAGUAAAAAUCUUAAUCAAGCUGUUGAAUGUUUACGGCAAGCAUCCGAACGAGGCAAUAUUUAUGCUAUGGGUCUUCUUGUCUAUGCUUAUUAUACAAGAAAAUUAUUUACAAAAGCAACUGAUUUAGCAAAAAGAGUCUCUGUUUUGGAUAAUAUUGAUGAAUUAUCAAGAAUAUCAUGUUGUUUACCACAAUAUAUUCGAAAAGGUAUUGCUAUAUCAACAUUUAUUCUUGGUAGAUGUCUUGAACUUGGUUACGGAAUAAAAAAAGAUCCGUCACAAUCUGUUCUAAUGUAUAAAAAGUGUUUUCAAUAUGAUCCUGAUGCAUGUCAAUUAUUACAAGAUUAUUUAACACAUGAAAAGAUUUGA